AACCCAAACUAAAGGCUGACGACGGACAAAAAGGGCAAGGGAAUCGCAAUUAUCCCCUUAUUUCUGGCUCAUAAUGGGAGAAAUAAUGGAUUUUUGUGAAAGGAAAACAACUCUUUAACUAGAAGUAGUGAGUUUUGUGGAGUAAUUGUUUAUAUUUUAGAGUUUCUACAUAUAUAUAAUGAUGGGCAGAGUGAAACUCAUGCCGGUGCUACUGCUGAUCCUGUGUCAUUUCUGGCAUGAGGUGUCGGCAACCGGAUGCUCGGGUCUACGAAGGGUAAUUCUGGACAGUCUUGAAGGAACAGUCACAGACGGAGAAGGAUUUUAUGAGGAAAAUGCCCAUUGUGAAUGGCUUAUACGAGCCCCUGACCCCAACAUGACAAUCACUUUGACCUUCUCGGAGUUUGAGACGGAGUGUACAUACGACUUCCUGACGAUCUACGAUGGAGAUUCCUUUACCGGGACGGUGCUCGCAACAUUCAGCGGCAACUUAUUACCGGCACCCAUUGUAGCAAAAAGUGGAAACAUGUUAAUUCACUUGUACAGCGACACCAACUACCCUCUGAAUGGUACAACAGCCACGUAUAAAAUACAGAACUGUUCCAAUGACUGCUCAGGGCAUGGUGUGUGUCAGAACUACCGCUGUGUGUGUGAUAAUGCUUACGUAGGGGAGUCUUGCGAAAGGGAGUCGUGUCCUUUGGUGUGUGGCUACGCUCAGGAUAGGGGUGAUUGUGAUUUCAUGACGAUGGUGCAGAAAUGCAGUUGUCGUAAAGGUUUCGUCGGGGAGGGGUGCAGCCUGUCAACUACUAACAACACGAACUGGGGCGAUACGUUGCUUGUUUCCUCUGGGAUUGCCACCGUCUUUGAGGCAAGGACGGGACACACCGCGGAGUAUCACGACACCACCGACAGCCUCUGGGUUUUUGGAGGUUACGACCUCAACGGCGUACUGGGUGACCUUGUGAGGUUUAACUUCACCUCCAACCAAUGGGAACAAGUUGCGCCUGCUUCUGCUAUGCAGCCGACUGGUCGCUAUGCCCACUCCAUGGUUCUCUACGAUGACGAGUUGGUUAUCUUCGGGGGCAUUCUAGCGAACGGCUCCCUCACCAACGAGCUCUGGUCAUUUGAUCUCCUCACCUUGAUGUGGCACCUGCUGCCCGCAGGGAGUGAUGCUCAGUCCACUCCACCGGGACUAGCGGAUCACUCGGGGACCAUCGUCAACUUCUCUCAUCUGUUUGUUUUUGGUGGGCGGAGUCAGGGGUCCAACUUUGAAGAUAUCAUCUACAAGUAUGACCUUAUCUUGAGGUCAGGUUGGGAGGUCAUCAGCCCCCUUGGAGGUCGUGAAGCUGAUGUUAGGGUCAGGGGUCACAGCACGGUGUUCCAUCUGGAUUCAAAAUCGCUCAUCGUAUUUGGAGGUUUCCGACCAACUUCCUCAAGGUUCAGCGAUCGCUCUGCCGACAUUUAUGCAUUCCAUGUUGAGAAGCGUUACUGGAUGAAGUGGGCAGUGGAGGAGACUGGCGCCCCCAUGGGACGCACCUUCCAUAGCGCAAGCAUCAUCGGUAACUACAUGGUGGUGUUCGGUGGUAACGUUCAUGAACAUUAUAUCAGACCAGAAGAGCACUACCCAUCCACGCAUGAACGCUGUUAUGACGACAAGGUUGAACUUUUUCAUCUCGGUUGUCACAAAUGGGUGAACUUUGACACAAUAGCAAGCAGCUUCCAAUCUUCUGCUGACUCGCCACAUGUACACACUACCAGUAGAGGGCGCUUUGGUCACGCCGCGGCAGUCCGGGACGGCAGCACGCUCUUGAUUGUCGGAGGGUACAGUGGGGUAGUCUUGGGUGACCUCAUAGCAGUCAGGAUGCCUGGCACAGUGGCGGUUAACUCCAAGGUGGGCGGCUCGGUCCUUGACAACUGUCUGUUGCAUUCGAGUGAAUCCACCUGCGUAAGUGAUCCUAACUGUGGUUGGUGCGCGAAUGACGAUGCAUGCCUGGGCUACUCAAGACAGAGCUCUUGCUCGAAUGCCGAUACUUUUGUCCUCGGAGACUGCCCAAGCAUCUGCAGCAGCCUGGUUUCCUGUGAGUCCUGUAUCAUCUGGGGUCAAGGGGUCACCGUCAAUGACCCCUCGAGGUCAAGGGUCAAUGAGCAGUGUGGCUGGUGCGUUCAGGAGAGACAGUGCUACCAACUGGGAGAACCAGUUGGAUUCUGUGGAGACCAGUCAUCCUACACAGGUUACCCUGGAUGGUGGGGAGUUAACGGUACAUACCUGACCGAGUUCUCACAGUGCAGAAUACAGGAUCAUCCUCCAGGCGUCACAUGGAUUAAGUAUCGACACCCUCAAAACAUCUCGCAUCCUGACGAGGUGACUAUCAAAGAAAAAGCCGACAACACUUUCACUUUCUACUACGCUGCUACCAGAGAGGAGAAAUCCAAUGGUGGAGAGUUCAUUGCAGAGUACAAGGGGUUCUUGCGUCCCAAUGGUGUGGCGCCCCCAACGGGCACCGAUCUGAGUGUGUGGAUGGUCAGCUCUAACUCCAUUUCAACGCUUUAUCUCAACAAGGAUGAUAGCCCAGACAGUGUGGAGAAAGUCGCAUAUCAUUCGUUGGCCAGUGAGAGGCAGACAGAAGCUAAACGAGAUGACGAUUCUCCGAUCAUCCCGGACGCCUCUCCGACCGCCUCCUACUACUUCCUCCAAGAACAGAAGCAGGUCAUCAGUAAUAACUUGGUCCGCUCGGUCAUGAACCUCAACUGGAAUGGCAAUCUCCAAGAAGGUAUCAACUCACAGCCAUUCACCAAGGAGUUCCUUCAGCCCUUUUUCUCAUCAUCCUGCACCGAGUAUUCGACAUGCUCGGGCUGCCUGACGGAUAAUUCCUGCGGCUGGUGCCCGACCAGUCAGACCUGUGAGCUUAGGGACGGACCGAUGGUAUCCGUGGAUCGAUGCGGCACGGCGGUAGGGAUUACCACACAUCAUCUAAUCCUUCAGUGGGAUCAGUGCUUGGAUUGCGGGCUUUAUGUGGACUGCCUGACCUGUAUUGAGAAUCCAUUGUGCGAAUGGCUGUUAUCAGGAGAUGAUGCAAUCUGCACCAGACGAGGGCGCUUUGCAAAUAGCGUCGUCAACGCAAGUCAGUGCACCCAAAAAUGCCACGAGUACACUAACUGUGAGGACUGUUCCAAACGCACAAAGGAGUGUGCCUGGUGUGAGGUGACCAAGACUUGUUUCUCCUUUGGUACCUUCAUCACAUCGUUCACGUACGGCCAAUGUCCGAACUGGUUUGACUUAAAUAAGGAGUGUCCAUCGUGCUCUGCCUUCACAGACUGUCAGAGCUGCCUGGCUAACUUCAGAUGUGGCUGGUGUGGUAACCGUGACAACCCCACCCUGGGAAAUUGUCAAGAGGGGAACUUUGGAGGUCCCAUCUCGAACCAGUCCUGCAAUGCCUUUGUGGCCGACCAGUACAGUAACAUCACUGUUGCGGAUCCAGCUGAUUGGUCAUAUGAGUUCUGCCCAGACGUUCAAGAAUGCCUGCUGGGAUUAGACAACUGUCACCCCAACGCAACGUGUAACAACACGCAGACCGGGUUUGAGUGCACGUGCAACCGAGGCUUCAAAGGCGAUGGGCGAGACGAGUGUGUUAAAACCUGCUUCCAUGAGUGCAUCAAUGGCCAGUGCAGUGAGGCGCCAGACUACAUGUGUAUUUGUGACACUGGCUGGACUUGGGAUAACUGUAGCAUCAACUGUGGAUGUAAUAAUCACAGUAAUUGCUCUACGGGGAUCGGGAUCUGUGACUCCUGUGAACACCCGACCAUGGGGCAGUUCUGUGAGCUGUGUAAACCAGGGAGCUACGGUAACGCCACCGACCCCGACUUAGGCUGCCUGGAGUGCCAGUGUAACGGUCACGGUGACGUCACGCUCGGUAGCUGUGACAACGUGACCAGUGUUUGUUACUGCACGGAGAACACCAAGGGGGACCACUGUGAGGAAUGUGUAGAGGGGUUCUACCAUGACCCAAGAUUCCCCCAGCACUGCUCCCGUGAGUGUGAUGGCCGCAUGCUGCUGACCAACGUCGACUCGGCCGCCCUGGGCUCCAGCCAGGGGGAUGGUGUCAUGCAUCUGUCUCAGACCUACUGCCUGUGGGUGUUGACCGUCGGCGACAACUUGACGCACACGGCGGGGAUGACCAACCCACCGAGUAUCAGCUUCACUGUAGAGGGCAUUGGGGGAGUCUGUGGGCAAGACCAUGUGUAUGUUUAUGAUGGCAUCCCAGAGCAUUUGUCGAUGUCUAAUCCGGCGAGUGUAAGGAUUGAACUAGGAGCCUUCUGCGGAGAGGCUUUACUGGAUCGAGUCUCCGCAGUCGCUUACUCGGGUACAAUGACAGUCAUCUUUCAAACUUACUUUCCCGAUAUGAGCGAUUCCCCCGGAUUCGCAGCCAGCUAUUACAUCCACCGGUGCCCUGGUGACUGUGAGGGUAACAGGGAGUGCGUUGUUGGGAAGUGCCGCUGUAGUGCUGGGUACCGGGGAGAGCUGUGCGACAUUGAGAUGUGCCCGUCCAACUGCAGUGCGGAUAAAGGACAAGGGACGUGUGAUCAGGAUAUGGGAGUCUGCGUUUGCUCUCCUCCCUACGGCGGCGACGCCUGCCAGUAUUCCAUCCUCCCCCUCUCUUCCCUGGGCCAAGGGAUGUGGUCCCCUCUAGCGGAUGAGGCACGGCUUGACCCAGACGCCAGCUCCACCAUCGGGGCUGUACCGUGUGGCCGCAUGGGGCACACCUUGAUUCCGGGCGUCGACGACAGACUAUGGCUGUUUGGGGGAUACUCUCACAGCCAAGGGGACAUGAAUGAUGUCUGGAGCUUCAACCUUGACACAAAACAAUGGAGGAGACAUUUAUCCGGCAGCGUUGCGCAUCCAGCACCGAGGCGCUUUCAUGCAGCCACGUUCUACGCCACCUCCAUGGCGAUCUCUGGAGGGAUGAACGACACCACGGUCAUGCAGGAUGUCUGGUUCUUCAAUACCAUCAGCGAAAAUUGGUCUCAGAUUCCGUCCGACUUUCCGCCGUUGGCGAGCCACUCCCUGACCCUAGUGCCGGACCAGCAGCUCGUUGUGAUUGGUGGUUACUCACCAUCCAGCGGCCUGCAGAAGGACGUACUGGAAUUCAGUAUUGGGGAGGGCAAAUGGUUACCAAUUACUGUAACUGGUACCCCGCCUACAGGUCUGUUUGGUCACAGUACCGUCUGGCAUCAAGCGUCCAGUGCCCUGUACGUGUAUGGCGGAUAUCGGUUCCAUCUGGACGGAAUCUUCGUCUCCGAUAAGCUCUACUCGCUGACUUACAAAGGGAGCGGCAACCGCUGGAGUAUCCUCCCAGCGGAGCCAAGCCAACAGCAACUGCCACACAUGUUCCAAGCAGCUGCCUCUCUGAAUGAUUACAUGGUAGUAAUAGGAGGUGGGACACCCUCACAUAAUGCCUCGGACACCCUGCUAGCGUACCAGUAUAACUGCAACCAGUGGGUCGACCUUAGAGGUUUUGUUGUCGGUACACCCCCACCUCCUGCGUCUUCCCUGGCCGCUGUUGUCUCCGAGGAGACGAUUUACGUCUUUGGUGGCUACGACGGGAAGACCCUCGGUUCCCUCCACAAGCUGUCUCUGCCCUCUGACCUCUGCGCUUUGCAGACCACGGUGGAUGGGUGCCAGGCAAUGUACGGGUGCGCAUCCUGCGCAGUGACUAACGGCACUCAGGAGUUGCUCUUCUGUAUAUCUAAUCUGGUCGUUGACGAUACGAGUUGCGCCGGUGUCUUCACACAAGGCACAGUCUGCAACGUUGAGAAAGUAGAGAGUAGGGAAUGCAGAGAAGCGAGUUCUUGCGGGGAGUGUGUGUUGAUUCAUCCAGCCCAUUCAAGUGCAAUACAGACUUGUAAGUGGUGUUCCCAGUGCCCAGUAGGUGCCUGUAUCCCAAUUGAUCUGAGCUGUGUGUUGGAGAAUGACUGCAAGGCUGGUACCCAGCGGGCCAUCACAGACUCCUCUACGUGUCUUGAGCUUGACUGUGAAGCUAGCGACUGUAAUAAAUGCGUCGGCACUGGACUCUGUAUAUGGUCAAGGCAGUUCCAACGAGCAGGUGAAAUUAGGUAUCUCGUGAACGAGUUUCCCAUUUACACCUGGAACUGUUUCAGCUCCCAGCUUCCAGAUUUAGCUCCGUCUACGAUCGUCAUCCAAGCGUCUCCGCCCAACGCCUGCCCGAUGCCCUGUCACAACCACACUACCUGUGAGUCAUGCCUGACUUCGGACGGGGCUGCAGGGGGAUCCAAAGAGUGUAGGUGGAGCGACCGACUCGGCCAGUGUAUCUCCCCAACCUAUCAGCCUUUAGCCUGCGCCACUGGGUCAUGCGGUCCCCUCGCCCACACCAGUAGUAACAGCUGCCCCACCCCAUGCUACCUCAAUACCCAGUGCACCCAUUGCCUUGAGAAGCCGGGCUGUGGGUGGUGCGCCUUAGGAGAGGGUAAUGGAACGGGCGUGUGCAUGGAAGGAGGGCUAUAUGAGCCAACGGGGGGUGUGUGCACAGCCCAGAACGUCAGCGUGCACAAUGUCCCUCUGGAAGAGUCUGUUACGGCAGCCAUCAAGGCAUCAAGGAAGCCACCAGUGUGGUCGUUCAUUGCUUGCCCACCGGAGAACGAAUGUUUGAAUGGUCACCAUGACUGCCGCGAGAAUGAGGAUUGCAACGACACACUGACAUCAUUCGAGUGCAACUGUAAACCCGGCUACUAUCAAGAAGAUGAGGAGGCCAAGUGUCUGCCAGUCUGCAUCCCUCCUUGCAUCAGGGGAUCCUGUAUCAAACCAGAUCUAUGUCAGUGUGACUUCGGCUACGUCGGCAAGGACUGUAGUGUGAAGUGUGAAUGCAACGGUCAUAGUACGUGCGCCGGAGUGGACAGCAAGUCAGACUGCCUCAAGUGCAUGAAUAAUACACAGGGUCCAAACUGCGAGAAGUGUCUCCCGUUCUUCAUUGGAGAUCCCGCCGACGGCGGAACGUGCGUGCCGUGUUCAACGUAUUGCCAUGGCAACAGUGAAAUUUGCAUCACAGAGGAGAAUUACAACCUGUCCAGGGAUGCGGGUCUGUCGCUAGACGUGGACAAUCUGGAAAGCUUCUUCCCUAUUGGUGCAGUCCAAGACGCCAUUUGUGUAAACUGCCGUAACUUCAGCGCGGGUAACAUGUGCGAGACGUGCAUUGACGGUUACUUCAAAAAUGAAGACGUCUGCCAACCGUGUCAAUGUAACGGUCAUUGGGACAGAUGUGACAAAGUGACCGGUGAGGACUGCCAGUGUAAGAACAACACAGAUACACCCUCGUGCCCAACGGAGCAAUACCCUAAACCUUGCUGGCAGCACCAGUGUUCCGCCUGCGAAGAGCUCUUCAUCGGUACUCCGACAGACGGUCACCAGUGCUAUCGUCAGAUGCAUGUUGAUCAGGAUACGUGCUUUGACCCAGAGACUCAGACCAAUUGUCCAUUAGACUCCAGCCCCCUCUACAACGGCAGAGCGUCCUUCUUCGUCGUUCAGCCCAAGUUCACCAACCUAGACAUCCGGCUGACCAUCGACAUCACGUCUGGUGCCCUCGACGUCUACAUCACGUACAGCUCAGAGUUCUUCAAGAUAAUGACGAAUCAGACGUCAGGGCGUCACAUGGUGGAGCUGGAUGGGGCGGACCUGUUUGAGGAGGCAUACCGGUCUAAGAGGGGCUCAGACGGCACCCUGCGGAGACAUCAACGGCAUACUGAACUCACUCCAUCAAGUGGACAGACUGCCUCCGUCGAGCCGCCCAUCUACAACCAGCUCUUGGAGUACACAGCUGGCACACCCAUCAACACCUUCGUCAAGAUCUCCGAGACUUACUUCGUGACAAUCAUCCGCAACCUCCAGAACCGCCUCGUGGUCACCCUCCCCGAAGAGACGCACAGCCUCAAGUCGCGCAAGUUCUACAUCGUGCUGUUGAGCCGGGAGAGCGAUGGUGGUGCCAAGGCGAACGCCACAAACGGAAUCAUGUACUUCCGCCAGGACCAGCCGCACAUCGACCUCUUUGUCUUCUUCUCAGUCUUCCUGUCUUGCUUCUUUCUCUUCCUGGCGAUUCUCGUUGUCGGCUGGAAGGUUAAGGUCGGCCUCGAGGCUAGGAACGAUCGGCAACGGCGAGCCCUUGAGUUGGAACACCGGGCGAGCCGGCCGAUCGGACAGGUGCUGCUGUUCAUCGACAGGGCGCCUCUAGCUCCGUAUGCGCCCCCUCCGUCAUCGUCGUCCUCGUCGCGUAGGCAUAGCCGACUGAAGAAAGGCUGGGUAGACCCACAUCAAGCUUCUCGUCCUACAUCUGCUAGCAACAAAGAGCGCUUCCGAACCGGUUCAAUCGCCACGGAGCCCACAGAGGACGACAUGGCAGCUGUCUGCACAACAAUCAUCUCCCUCCCCGGUGGUGCGGUCGCCCCUGUCCAGGCCUGCCUGGGCUCUGCCCUCGUCCUCCUGAAGGCGUCCAAUCGCCUCGUGGACCAUCCGCCCCAGCAACGCACCAUACGCUUCUCAAACGGUAGUAAAGCAGGCAUGUGCCGGUAACUGAGGGCGGCUACCGGAAUUCUCCGUCUUAGUUUGAACUUUUUUGACAUAAAUGUCUGUAUUAUUAUAUAUAUAACAGAGAUAUUUUUUAUAAGGUUAAUUUUUGAGUUUGUGUAUCCAAGAGUUGUGUGUACAUUUUCGUUAUUGGUUGUUGUUCUUUCUUUGGAGUACAUGGAGCGGAGCAAGUAAAAAGCAUGAUGGGCAUUGUAUACCAGUUUGUAUUCUAAAGAAACGUGUGUGGAUUCGGUUCUUCUCUUAAAGGAACAUUACAGAAUUGGUAAGAAAAAAACUUCUCAAAGAUCACAGAUUUACUGAAAACUUACACGG